AUGAAGACAGGCGUCAGUAUUGCCUCACUCAGCGUCACUGUUGCGAAUAUUUCGCUCACAAUGGCACAGAACAUGUCUUACGGGGCCGACAACUGGUACCGCAGCGAUCAGGUGACUGUUCAGCCGAUCAACUUCCUGACCCAAUUUCGAACUUCCGUCGCGGGGAACAUCUUCAUUCGCAACGAUCUUGCUCGCAACAACCAGACCGCCAGUACGCCUGCAAUUGUCGUCGGUCACCCAAUGGGUGCGGUAAAGGAACAGAGUUCCAACCUCUAUGCCACGAAGAUGGCUGAGCAGGGCUUUGUGACCAUCUCUCUCGAUCUCCCAUUCUGGGGCUCUAGCGAGGGCGAGCCAAUGAACACCGUGUCGCCAGACUUCUACGCCGAGGCUUUCAGCGCGGCAGUGGACUAUCUAGGCACACAGGCAUUUGUUGAUCGCGAGCGGAUCGGCGCGAUUGGUGUUUGUGGCAGCGGUUCAUUUGUUAUCAGCGCCGCCAAAAUCGAUUCCCGCAUCAAGGCCAUCGCCACAUCGAGUAUGUACGACAUGGGAUCAGUAUCCCGCAACGGACUUCGUCAUGCCCAGACUGUUGAGCAGCGCAAAGAAAUGAUUUCACGUGCAUCAGAGCAGCGUUGGGCCGAGGUUGACGGGGCAGAGGUCGCAGUCACUGGCGGCACACCUAACGUGCUCACCAAUGAGUCAACCCCCAUUGACCGCGAGUUUUAUGACUACUAUCGCACCUCGCGUGGUGAGUUCACGCCACCCACAACAACGCCAAACCUCACCACCCAUCCUACCGUCGCAAGUCAAACUAAGUUCUUGAAUUUCUAUCCCUUCAACGAUAUCGAAACCAUCUCCCCACGCGCGAUGCUCUUCAUCUCGGGUGACCAGGCACACUCUCGCGAGUUCAGCGAGGAUGCCUAUGCGCGUGCUGGCUUGCCAAAGGAGUUAGUCUGGAUUCCAGGCGCAGGACACGUCGAUCUUUACGACCGCGUCGAGCUAAUUCCCUUCCCCAAGCUCACCGAAUUUUUCCAGCAAAAUCUUGCCGCGAACUAA